UGCAGCUUUUGUGUGUAGAGCCGCAACAUCGCCCUCUUUUGCUCCGGACAUAACAUGACAUGUCUGCUUUUCUGAACGACAACCAACCGAGGCAGACAGUCUUUCGUCGGGUUUGCCUGUGGUGCUAGUAGCCAGCCAGCCAGCAACAACCAGCCGCCUGAAUGUAGAUCCGCAUGGGCUACUACUAUUCUUUCUCUCCAAAACACCCAGCGGAAUCAUAAGAUAAGGAUCCCAGGAUGGUCUUAGUGCAUGUCGGAUAUCUGGUUCUUCCUGUAUUCGGCUCAGUAAGAAACAGAGUAUGGAGGCUGGCUCUACAUUCUGCAUUUAUCAGAUCUUUGUCGUCCCCCCCAUUGUGUAGCUAAUGAUCAUCUGCUGCUGUGUGGUGUGGCGUGGCCUCUGCCUGUUCUCUGCAUUUAGCUGUAUUGUGAAUCCCUUCUUCAUUUCCUCUUUCCAUCAGAAGACGACAUUGGUAUUAAAAAGCACCCCCUCCCAAGAUGUUUUCAGCCAUAGACUUUCUUUGUUAAGCAGACUAAACAAUAGCUAACACCUAGCACAGAGCACCUUUUUUGUCUUUUUCUGUCAAAUUGCUGUAGCACUGAGUAAACAUUUUAGCUCCUUUUUUAGAUAUCAGUUGAAUGUCAUUGUGUACCUCCCAUCCAGUCUUGAUAGACAACAUGCUGUAAAUUCCUGUAAAGUGGAUACAUUUUUGCAUGAUCUCAAAUACGGCACUGCAUUGUUGGACACCAGAAUUCGGCUCAUCUUCCUUCUCUUCACACAAGGUGCAAUGUACAUGAUAAAAGUGACCUUUUAAUUAUUAGAAAAAACAUGCAAAUUGGAACCAUAUGCAUGCAAUUAUUGUUAAAAACCUGCAUUCAAGGCAAUGCUGUUACGUGAUCACUUGAAACGAUUGAAGGUACACUGCACCUGCACACAACAACCUGCCAUAACUGUCUCCAUUUUUGUGUAAUCCUUUUUGUUCCCUUUGCAAAUUUCAAGCUUUGAAUCACACUGAACUGUCAGGGCUGUUUGCCCCUUAUAGACAAAUGAAACUCUAAACAUUUACGUAAGCAAAACAUGCUCACUGGUGGUUCAUCACUUCCCAAUUUUCCCCACUAACAUAAGGCCAAAAUGCUAUCCAUUUCACAGGGAUGCCUAUUUUCCUGCACUGCUAAAGAGAUCCUCUAUUAGUAAUAACGUCUUUUAUUGUUUGGUUGUGGUCUCUCUUUACCUUUUGUUCUUGUAUUAGUACUUUCAAUGCAUGGUCACAUUUAUGAUUCAUAAUUUUUUGUUUUUGUUUUUUCUACAUUGACUAGUGAAAAUCCAAUGUAAUCUUUCUGUAGUAAAGAUGUACCCUGCUGUACUGAAAUCAUGUGCUGUAGCCAACACGUCUGCUCAUUGGAUGCUGCUUUUGUUCUUUUUAACCCUAUAUGGAGCAUGGUGGGCCUUGCCUUCAGUCUAUGUUGUUUAUUUUUGUUGCAUGGAUUUAUACUAUUAUUACAAACAAACAAGAAAAAAAACACAAAUUCCACAUAACUAAUAUUUUCAAUAAAGAAUAUAGUGUUUUUCCUAACCUUCAGUGUGCUUCUUGCUGAUUUCCAUUUAUUGUCCUCCCUCUCCCUUGUCCCUACCUGCCCCCCUCCACCCCCACCCACCUCCUCUCCCACUGUGACAAAGAUAGACAAUUUCCACGCUUCCUCCAUCACAGGGCCUGAAUGAGUCUAUCUGCUGUCAUUCAUGGUGAUCGUUUUUCACUGAGACACUUAAAAACGCAGUGUGCUACUUACAGUGUAGACUUGGGCCUUUGACCCACGGCAACAAGGUCAUCUCUUGUCUGCCCGGCAACACUGACAACCUGAAAAUAUAGCUGGAAGGUCAUACUGCUUGUCUUCGCUGGGUGUGUUUUAAAAUCAUACUGCGUUUUUCAAGUGUACUCCUACUAGUAAAUGCAAUGUAGACUUUGCCUAUAUCCUCAUGAUUUAAAAAAUAUUUUUACUGUUUACAUCAGAAUACUCCGCCUCUUUUUAGACUGUUGAAGCUGAUAAAUUGUGAAAAACGGUACUGGAAUAUUAGUGCGCAAUUGUAAUGUCUAAACUCUUUCAAAUUCACUGCUUCGGUUUUUGCCAGAUGUAUAUAACAGAGCAUUGAAACCUGCCCCUCUGCAAACCUAUUAUGGCUCCCUUUAACCAGGAUUUCUGCAAAAGUUCUAAAAAGCGACAUUUGUUAUUGCAAUAUGUCAGCAUUUCCAUAAUCAAAAAAGUAUUUUUAAACAUAAGCACGUUAUUAAAACCAGAUUGCACCACAGCACAAGUUAGUCUAGUUUGCUGACUGUUGAGUCUCCACAGCAGUCUGUUCACUGCAGCUGCCAAAUAGCUUUGGUUGGAGAGAGUUAAAAAAGUAUUCAAGCUAUUUCCUCUCUACUCCUGAAUGUUCGUAUGGGAGAAAAGCAAAUACAGCUACACUGGAUGUGUAAGACACAAAGAACAAGUAGGUUUCAGCUAGGCGCAGAUGUAUAAAAUGUGAUUUUAUGGUGUAUCAUUUUAAAGAUGGAGAGAAUUGUUCUUUACGAUUAUAAAGAUAGGUACCUAGCACCCAGCAGUUUAAUAUUUCUCAUGACAGCCAGGUACUAAAGGUUUUACUCAGGGUGCACUGACCCACUGUCGGCUGCAGAAUUGACAAGAACCGAGCUGCGUUGAAGACCAAACACUGGUAGAUUUCAUCUGAUCUGAUCCAGUUCGCUUGUCUGUGAAUCAGAAGACCAGGAGUCGAUCCAGAGGUCGGAAAUGCAAUAAAAGAAAGGAAAGCUUGCGUAUUGUGUGCAGGACCCAAAAAUGGUUGUCAUGUUCAUGGUACUUGUGGUAACCAUCAUUUCCCCACCCCCACAGAAGUAUUUUUCACCCUAGGUAAGAUGUAGGGCAUCAUUAACAUGCUAUAUCACACACACACAGUGACACAACAUUUCACCCACAAUUAAUUCCACCUAAUCUCUCCACCCAGGUACCUGACAACUUCUCCUUAUCCUCCACAGGAUCGCAUUUCAACCGGCAACAGCAGCAGCAGCACAGCCAUGCUACCUCUUGCCGGCACUUCCAGUUAGGUCCUCAGGCUCCGCUGCCCAUGGACUUCCCCAUGCCCCACCCAGGGCAGCCACAGUCAGGCAUUAACCCCCACCUGGCCCCUCCUGGCCACCAGCAUGGCCCUCCGCUCCACCCGCCCCUCAACCCCCUGCCCGGCCCCCAGUUCCAGGACAUCCCUGCCCCUCCCUUCCUACCUCAGGCAUUACACCAGCAAUACCUCCUCCAGCAGCAGAUCCUCGAGGCCCAGCACCGACACAUCCUGCCACCUUCCAGACGCACCCCAGAGCGAGUUCCUCACCAGCCCCACAGACUGCGGCCCGGCUUUGAGUUUGCUCCGCCUCUCCAUGUCCCCCCCCAGCCUGUGGUGCAGCAGCCCCGCUACCUGGCUGAGGGCACAGACUGGGAUCUAAGUGUAGAUGCUGGGCUGCCCCCCCACCAGUAUCACAUCCAUCCACUGCCGCAGCACUAUCAGCACUACUUGACCUCUCCUAGGAUGCACCACUUCCCCAGAAACAAUGCCUCAACACAAGUGGUUGUCCAUGAGAUCAGAAACUACCCGUAUCCCCAGCUGCACCUGCUGGCUCUGCAGAGUCUCAACCCCUCCCGCCACGCCUCUGCUGUUAGAGAGAGCUAUGAGGAGCUUCUGCAGCUGGAGGACAGGCUGGGCAGUGUGAACAGAGGAGCGGUCCAAACCACCAUAGAGAGAUUCACCUUCCCCCAUAAGUAUAAAAAGAGAAUACCCCAGAAUGACCUGAAGAUGUGUCUGGAAGAUGAGGAGCUGGACACAGAUGAGAAGUGCACCAUCUGUCUGUCCAUGCUGGAGGACAGAGAGGAUGUCAGGAGAUUACCCUGCAUGCACCUCUUCCACCAGGGGUGUGUGGACCAGUGGUUGGCCACCAGCAGGAAGUGCCCCAUCUGCAGAGUGGACAUUGAGACCCAACUGACCCCCGACAGUUGAUAGCUCCUGUCGUCUCCUGCAACUUUGGAUCUGGUCUCGUUAAUUCUCCAUUGCCUCCCCCCGAGGGAAGCUCUGCCAAACACCCCUCUCUUCCCCUCUGCAUCACCCACAGGCCUGCCUUCAGAGACAAGGCUGUGACAGAGGGAUCAACAAAGCACACUCACCUACAACACAGCGAGGGACGGGGGUCGAUGCAUAGAUGGGGGGGCUGGACUGAAGGUUGAUUUGAAUGGACUUGCUGGAUGUAAAAGGUAGGAGCGGACACGUAUGGACAGAUGUGCUGAGGCUUCACACAGAUCCUGUCAGAUUGUGCACCCUGUGUGCAGUUCUCCAUACAGCCAUCGAGAGAGGACCUCUGACUACCAACCUCCCCAGCUCACUGUGGGGUGUAUUAAGGCCAUUUCUCUGCCACUACAUCUAACCCCCCUGCCUAUCCCCCCCCCACCCUCUGCCUGUGAAAAAAAUCCUUUAAGCUGCACUCUGCCCAAGCCCUCAGCACAUCUGUACAGAACAUUAUCAAAUGAUUAGCAUGAGGUUGUUUGGUGUGAACUCUUGUAGCUGAACGCUUGUGGUGUAAUGGAGUAUAGUACUGAAUAAGUAUUUACAGAGUAACAGUGUUGUGUAGCAAGCAAAAGCCUUUUGAGAAAAAAUGUUUGUGAAAAAUAAACCUACAAAGAGGGUGAACAUGGCUCAAAUAAGAGAGAAUAUCCGCCUGUUAAUUAAUCAUAGACAAUGAGGAAAGAGAUAGUUGUGUAAAAAGGCCAAAAAUCCCUCUUUCUGGUCUAACAUGGUUUUGGAUUUCCAGUUAGUAGAUGCCAUCAGAGUUGAUGCUGAACCCGCUAACUGCAGGCAUGGCUUCCAGUGAUCUGUGUAGUGUCGUAGUGGGGCCUCUAUUAUAGAGCAGGGGCCUCAGAUGUGCAUGCUGUAUGACAGGCUUGGGCUGUGUCGUUAAUAUUGUGGAGCAGUAGAAACAGGGACUGUGUGUCUGUGCAUGUGAACCGUAUACUAUGACGAUCCCACUCAUUCAUAGAGGAGGACAAGAAUGCACCAAAUUCCCCUCCCCACCUCCCCUCUCCCCCCACUCAUCCCGAGUAGACCGACGUUGCCCUUAGACAUAGAUCUCACACCGACGUAGCGAUUCUCUCCUGAUGUUCCAGGUCAGGAUUCAAAGAGCUGCUGGUAGAUCCGUGUCUAACUGCAACUCCUCUCUGUGGCCUCGCUCAUAGCAUGAUCACAUGACGUGAGAGGCCGGCAUGGGUUCGAGGAUUUGGUGCCUGAGGUCUUGCCAUCAGAGUGAAUAAAAUCUGACAUUUGUAUGACCUAUUACCAGAACCUUAUUGCCUAUCAAACAAGCACAUGUGAUUUCUAUAUACAGUGAAUGGCCUCUGUGGUGUAUCGGCUCCUUUUCAUUUCAAACUAAGUUGCUCCCACUGUUCUGAUAAAAAAGACUGUGUCUGGUGUUACAGGGAAAAUACAAACUAGUUUGCCUGUGAUAUGUGCUAGAAUGUGUAUGAUUGUCCCCACUCCCUCCCCCCCCAUGGUAGUAGUGUAUGGUAUUGCUAGAACAACUGUGAUACGUUCAGUGAUAGAAGCCGUUUUCUCUUUAUCAUGCAUGAACCAUGUUGGCGUAGUUCACUUGAAGGAGGGUGAAAGGGAGAAAAAGCCAUCCAUUUGAAAAAUACCAAACAAUUGUUCUUAACAUUAAUUUUAUUUUUUAUUUUUAUUUUUCUGCCAUUUUCUUUUUCUUCUCGUAUUUCUUUUGCUCACAUGCCAAUUUGGACAUGGUACUAAUAUGCCGAGUCCGUGUCCAUUUUAACCAUAGUGAAGAAAAAGCUGCAAUGCUGCAAAAACAUAUUUAUUGUUGUUAUAAUGUAGCUUGUGUUUUGUAAAUGCACUAUAAUAUGGAGUUGCCUGAGUUUUUGGUUUGGUGGUGUGGGUUCUUCUUGUCCUAGACUUUGUGUUUCGAUUCAGUUCCAAGUAUUUUCAUGCUUCCUUGUGUAUUAUUGGAGGGUAACUUGACUGUUUGUGUUGCUUUUUUUCUUUUCUUUUUGUAUGAAACCUCCAUCCAAAAAACUACAGAUGGAUGAAAAUGGAGGUUUUGCUAGUUCACAUAGAAUGCUGUGAUUAAAGAUGCCUUAAGUAUUUAACAAUCAUUAUUUAUUACUAACUGUAGCUAGCUAGCUAUUGUGGUGAAAUAUUUAAUGUCUCUAUCUCAUAACUUUGCAAUUUAAUCAAUAUAUUUAUUUAAAAUAACACAAAAUAUAAAAAAAGAAUACCUCAUUAUGCAUUGGUCGGUGGGGAUGCUUUUGCAUGCCGUCUGUGUUUUCUUUUUCAAAGGAGAAAAAAAGAAACCUGUUGAAAAAUGGACUUGUGGGGGUGUUUCCUGACACAUGUUCUAGCCAGCAUGGUGCUGUUGAUCUGGAUUACAUUCCAUUCAUGUCACCUCUUGAAUUUACUUUAACUCUUUUCAUUAUUAAACAUCCUCUCUGCUUUGCUAUGAAGCAGAAGACGGGGUACAACCCUUUUGGUCUUAGUAUGGCUCCACAAAUAGCUUGCUUUUGUUAUAUGAUACUGCUUUGUUUCCCAUAAUCCGUUUUUUUAUUUUAUUUUAUUUUUUACCAUGUUUAUGAUAUUCUAUCAUAUCUGGAUUUCAAUGUAGUGCUUAUCAUUAUUAUUAUCAUUAUUAUUAUUAUUAUUAUUAUUAUUAUUUUAAGACCCACAUAAUGAGCUGUAUUAACUGUCCCUUAUGUAUUGCUGGCAAUUGCUUUGUGUGGGAUUUUUGAAAGUAUCUAACAUGCUAACUUGAGCCAUUGGUCUUAUUACACACAUUUGUGGUGUACUGUGGUUAUACAAAAUUGAUAGUGUGUUUCACACUGGGUAUAAUAAGCUAACGUUUUCAGUGUGCAUUUCUUAUUAAUACUCUACUAAUCCUGCAAACUAUUAUAACCUGUAUUGGAUUGGAAUGAAGCUGGCUGGUCUUACUAUUAUUCUUAUUCUUAUUAUUUCAUUUCGUGCUCUCACUGGCCUUACCCCGUGUCCUCCACAGUGUACCCCAUUACUCCAGAGCAAACUGGACAGUAGCCAUAGUAUUAACUCAAGCUGAUGAACCGGAAUGAACAGUAGAACUUAAAGCACAAGCUUUUUAAUGCAUGUCCUUCUCAGGUUUUCCUAUGUGUAUGUGGGAGUAGCUCUGUAGAUGUGUUUAAUAUGAUGCUGUACCUUCUUGAAUAUUUCAGAUGUUUCUUUGCUGCUGAAAAAAUGUUGAUUAUUAACCUGCCAGUGAAAAAGGGAAGUGGCCAUCUUUGUACAACACACUGCUGUUUUGCUGUAACCGCGCAAUGUUUUAUGAUCUUGAGUAUUUUAUAGAAAAGUAGAAGUAUGUAUCAAUAAUAUGAAAGCAAUAGCUAAAUCAUAAUGAAGAAUAACAUGAUCAGUGAAUAUUGUGGAAAAUCUUUAGAUUCACUAUGGGUGGAUUUUGUACUGUAUUUAUUACUAAUGAUGAUGCAAAAAGUUGCAUAGCUUAACCCAAACUGUUCUGUCUCUUUUUUAUUUAUUGUCUUGUAUAUGAUCUUUUUGUAUGUGUUUUUCAAAUAAACUGCCUAAAAUGCUAAGCAAUUA